AAAUAAGAGAGCAAGGGGUACUUAGUAUUGGGAUUUGUACACUUAGGAUGGACUUCUAAUGGAUGCAAAGCAUCCUGUGGGAUACCAGCAUACUGAAAAGACAACAAAUAAGUGAUAAACUUGUAGAGCCUGAGGCCAAAAACAGAUGCGAAUAUAUUAAAAAUGGUCAUUCAAGACAAAAACAGAAAGAUACAACAUGAAAAAUAAUGCAAAUAGAGCCAAACUCACAGAAAAAGUACAUUCAAAGAAGAAAUAACAACCUAACAAGACUGUGGUCCAGUGGGCAGAGUAGUCUUUCAUUCAGAAGGUUGUGGGUUCCAGUUUCCCCACAUUUAAAAGAGCCCCUGGGCAAGGCACUUAACCCCAAGUUGUUUACUGAUUGGUGUAUGAAUGUGUGUAUGUUGUGACUGAUAUUGGAUGAAUGUGGCUCCAGUGUAAAGCGCUUUGAGGGUUCAGUAUGACUAGAAAUCGCUAUAUAAAUUCAGACCUUUUUGCAUGAUCAGAAAUGAAUGCAAACCAACUAAAAGAGAUUAAACUAAGAGAACAAAUAAUGAGCAGAAGCCCAAUCAAAGCUUUGCAGGAGGCAAGGUCGACGAAGGAAAGGGUAUUUAAAUGGAUAUAGAUUUAAAGUUAAAUAGAAAUACGAUUAUCUUCUGUCAUCAAAACAUUCAGAUGGAUAUUUAAUGAAUCCAAACUGAAUAAAAAACAGAACAUGCAUGCCGAAUAAGGAAAAGCUAAAGAUAAACCUCCCAUCAGCAUCAUGCUGCCACCACGUCUCACUGUGGAGGUGGUGUGUUCAAGUCGAUGUGCAAUGUUAGAUUUCAUCCUAAAAUUGGGUUUUUAUCUAAGCCUUUUCCACAACUUUGCUGUGGAGCUCCUCAAACAUUACCAUGGGCCUCUUGGCUAUUGAGCAGCUGCUUCAUACUCUUGUUUGCUCACUUAUUUUCUCCAACAAACCUCUGAGGCCUUCACAGAAGAGCUGCAUUAAUCCCGAGAUUAAAUAACACACAGGUGUACUUCAUGUAAUAAUUAGGUGACAUCUGAAGGCGGUUGCAUUGGAUUUUAUUUAGAGGUAAAAGAGUAAUAGGAGGCUGGAUGUAUUUACAAGCGUCUUUUCAGAUCUUUAUUCAUUAAAAUGUAAACCUAUGUGUUAUUCUUCCUCCAUUUCAAAACAAUGCAUUACUUUGUUUUGGUCUAUCAAAUAAAACACAUUGAAGUUUCUGGUUCUAACAUGAGAAAAUGUGGAAAAGUUUAUGGGGUGUGCAUACUUUUGCGAGGUGCUGUGUAAUGGCAAAUCAAGCAAUCUCCGAAAAUAAGGUGCUACAAAAUUUUACCCAAUAUGCAUCUCUUCUUUCAUUUCCUAUGGUUUCAAGACCCAAACCACAUCUGUACCAACUGUUAUUUGUCUGAACAAUAGUGACAUAAUUGAUACUACAGAGCUAAACAACUUGUCCGUUAUAAAACUCCAACCGAGUGAGGCUGCCUCUCCACCUGCUCCUCCAUCAUCACUUCAUUAUCUUUUUGCAGAGCCCCACAGGAUGAUCCAUGUUUGGACCAACCCAGACCUUUAAUAGGCUGCCAGUGUACCCUGACCAAGCACACACACUGCCAUGUUUCUUUGAUUUUCCUUUCAUAUACACUGACCUGCUUUGUGUCUCCUGUUGACAAGUCUACCUGACCUGUGAGCAUGGUCACCAUCUCACCCCUCUACAGCUCCCAGCUCCACACCUGCUGGUCUGAGUGCAGCAGAUUGACAGAUGAGAUAAUCCACAUGUUCACUACUGCAUAUAAAAGCGGCACAUUCAAGCGCACAAGGCAGACUCACAAAUCACCUUCUGUAAUAAUAAUCUGUUAAGAGCUGAAUUUUUAAAUAUGUGUAAGGGACUCUCCUACCUGCCGUCCUCCUGCUUGGAGAAGGCAAAAGGGAUGCGAGUAAAGCUGAGCCACCUGGCUGAGAUUCACCACAAGCAAAAGGUCCAGGAUGGAAAAAUCCUGCAGGAUCUGGAAACUCUGUUGAGCAGCAAAAUUGGUCUUCAGGCAUUUCGAGGGUUCCUGCGUUCAGAGUUCAGCGAGGAGAAUCUGGAGUUUUGGCUGGCUUGUGAGGAAUACAGGGUUUCCCCUUCCAACUUGCAUAAGACCAAAGCAAGCAGCAUCUACAACCAGUUCAUCAACCCCGACGCCCCACUGGAGGUGAACCUGGAUGCUGAGACCCGAGAGUCUCUGCUGAGCUUGAUGGACAUCCCGUGUGCUGACACCUUUAACAACGCGCAGCAGAGGAUCUACAGCCUGAUGGCCAAGGAUUCCUUCCCCCGGUUUCUUCGCUCUCAUCACUGCGCGGAGGCCAUCAAUGUUUCUUAAACCUACUCCAGAGACCAGCUUAAGGAACAAAUGUCUGCUCGACUCAUUAAUUCUAAUUUAUUUUAGCAGCUAAUUUAGUCAUGUGUUUAUUACAUGGUGAUAUAACACAGCAGUAUAAUAAAUAUAAUGCUUAAAUGUAGAUGCAAAAAUACUUCAUCUCUAAACUGCAUAAGCUACUAACAUUGACAAAGAUUUAAAUAAAGCUUUGAUUACAUAAAUCUCUGAA